AUGAAUGAGUUGAGUGAGGAGGCAGGUGGCGAGGGUAGCUGGCGGCAGUACUGUGAGCACCCGCUGACCGCUGCUACCACUGCUAUGCUCAACAUACAUGGUCCUGGCUCCGAGGAACAACACCAUGUUGCUCUACUUUAUGAUUACUACAAGUCUGAUGGGUCUGGCGUAGGCACGGCGGUGGUGGGCGGCGCUCUCGACUGCAAGAUGACAAACGGGGUGUCUGAGGGCGUGUCGGGGGCGGCGCCCGUGGAGGGGCUCCUGUUUGCGGGCGGCGCAGAGGGCGUGAAGCCGGAGCCAGAGGACCUGACGCGCCGAGCCGUCAGUCCCGCCGACCGCGGCGUACUGUGCGAGAAGCGCCGCUCGCUGCUGCCGCCGCCGCCACCCCAGGGAGAGUCACCGCCCGCUCUGGAUGUCGCACCCGCCCUCAAGGACGACCUCGACCACCACGUGAUUAAAGAAGAGCUGGAGCACCACGGGCUCAAGGUAGAGUCGGGGGAGCGACCUCGCUCUAACCACACCCUCGUGAUACAGGCGCCCCUCGACUCAGCCGAGAAGAUGAGUACCGGUACAGGCAGCUACCUGGCCGGCUUCUCGGCCUCCUCCCCACAGUCCAACUACGAGCACGUCUCGCCCUACCUGUCGCCCUCACCACAGCCGUACACGACCAGCACCUCCCCAGCCGUGCGAGGCUCCCCGGCCGUGUACACAGUUACGGACAACUACUACCGCGACUACUACUCCCCCAGUGAGCCACAGUACUCGGUGCGUCAGGAGUACCCUUCAGCCGACACCGGCUUCGUGGACCGCUACCUCAGGCCGCCGUACAAGACCAACGGUGUGUCCAGCACCCUCACAGUGGACUUACCUUCACCAGCAGACUCUGGGAUCUCUGCUGACGCCAUCACACCACGCGACCAGCCAGUCCUUGCCCAGAUGGUGUGCCUCUCUCCCAGAACGUCAGCGUGUACCUUUGGUUAUGAAGACAUAGUGCAGCCUGUGUCUCUGAUGGGCACUGACCUGCGAGCCCCGGCCGGCACCUCACCCACCUCCCAAAGACCUUCAAGAUCGUGGCACGAUUUCGCAAGACACACAGAAGGAGACAAAAUCCAGAUCCCUAAGAUAGUCAACCAGUACGGCUUCAAGUAUCACCUUGAGACUCCCAUCUCGACGUCACAGCGGCGGGAGGACGACCGUAUCACCUACAUCAACAAGGGUCAGUUCUAUGGCAUCACCAUGGAGUACAUCCCAGACCCGGAGAAGCCCCUCAAGUCUGGCACAGUCAAGAGCGUGGUGAUGCUGGUGUUCCGGGAGGAGAAGACGCCAGAGGACGAGAUCAAAGCCUGGCAGUUCUGGCAUAGUCGACAACACUCUGUCAAGCAGAGAAUUCUAGAUGUUGACACCAAGAACAGCGUGGGUCUGGUGGGCUGUAUAGAAGAGAUCGCCCACAACGCUAUCGUCGUCUACUGGAAUCCUCUUGAGGCUGGAGCGAAGAUCAACGUUGCUAUACAGUGUUUAAGUACUGACUUCAGCAGCCAGAAGGGAGUUAAGGGGUUGCCUCUACACAUCCAGGUGGACACAUACGAGGAUCCACGCGACUCAGCGACACUGGUACACAGAGGAUACUGUCAGAUCAAGGUCUUCUGUGACAAGGGGGCGGAAAGGAAGACGAGGGACGAGGAAAGACGUGCAGCCAAGAGGAGAAUGGCAGCCACUACCAGAAAGAAAUAUGAGGACCUCUACCACCCGCCUUGCGACCGCUCUGAGUUCUACUCCAUGCUUGAUCUAACCAAACCUCCAGUACUCUUUACUCCAGCUGAGGACCUGGACAAGAUGCCGAUGGAGCUUCAAGGUUUCUACAACCACGAUUCCGAGAGUGGUGGCUGCAGCGUUGGCGUGGCGGGGGCUGUAGGAGUGGAAUGCUCGUCCCCCUCCACCCUCUCCCCUCAGCACGGCUUCCCCUCAACCCCAGGACGCUGCAUGUCCCCUCCGCACAGCCUCGACCCCCCACCACCACCUCCACCUCUUCCCCCGCCUCCACCCUCCUCCAACAUCCUCUCCACCACAACAACUAUCACCCAGUUAGCGCCUCUACAGGUUCCCCCGCCCACCGCCGUCUCGCCAAAAGCCAACAGCAGUAGCUACAAGUUCCACUACAGCUUCCCACAACCCUAUGGCAGCGACGCCCCCAGGAAGGAGUUGUGUGCUGGUCUGCCCAACGGUUCCAUGGACAGUCCCAUGACUGAUGUCUUCUCCCAUGUGUCGAAGAGAUCCCGUCUCACGCCGCCUCUCACAGAGAGACUUAUGCUGUACGUGAGGCAGGACGGAGAGGACGUGUAUACUCCGCUACAUCUGGUUCCUCCAAGCACAGUGGGACUCCGCUCUGCGAUCGAGGAAAAGUACAAAAUACCAACACAAACUAUUAAGAACAUAUAUAGGAAAAACAAAGUCGGGGUGAUGGCCAAGGUGGACGAUGAGAUGCUCCGCCAUUACUGCAACGAGGACUUGUUCCUGAUGGAGGUGCAGCACCGGGACGCUGACAGCUACGACCUCACACUCAUAGAGCUCACGGGGGUCGAGCACUGAGUGCCAGUGCCAAGCGUCAUCGUAGCUUGGCAGCUGGACUAGAUAAGGAAGUCACAGGUCAUCAAGAGUUAACGCCAGAUAUUCUCGUAAGGAGGGAAGCUUUUAGCUAGGGCGCAGCCCCAGCGACUCCUAGCAAGGAGAGCAUACACGGUUUUGCUGUGAUGCUUAUACCAAACACCUGACGCGAAAGAUUAGUUCAAUCUUCCACAAAAGCUUCACAGAAGGCGAUGUAAACAACCAGUGAGAGACUUGAUGAACAGAGUAGCAAGAAGCUUCCCAAAACGUACAAAAUCUCACGUGUUUAACUUCAAGACUUCUCUCCAUAGUCUCAGAAGACCAACUGAGGAAGAAAAGAGUGAUAGCGAGUCUCUCUAAAUAUUUACAAAUAUGCUGGAGACUAGUGGAUCAAAUAGCUACUAAAGUUUCAAAAUGUGAAGCUAAAAAAACUACAAUUAAGGUGAUUUUGCUGUGAUUUUGUUUAAAAGCUCUUGGUAGAGAUUUGCAGAAUGUAUCUAAAACUUUGAGACCUUGAGAUGAGCUGUGAAAAAAACACUGUACAAAAAAAUCAUGACUUUUUUAAUAGGUUGUCACAGAUAUAUUCUGAUUUGUAGCAAACUUUUCCCAGUAUGGCCUAGUGUACCUGGCACCAUAAAUUGUGUGUGGUAACAUGUAUUGUACAUGGCACCAUGUUUUGUACAUGGUAGCAUGUAUUGUACGUGGUGUCGUGUACAUAGUAUCACAUACAAUUUAUGAUGCCGUUUUACUAUGUAUUUGACAUGGUACCAUUGUGAGUAACACUGUGUAUUUCACACUGUACAUUACCUGGUGCCAUGUAUUGUACAUGACACCAUAAAUUGCCCUUGUCACUAUGUAUUGUACAUGUCACAAUAUAAUACUGUACGUGGCACUAUGCACAUGUCACAAUGUAAUACUGUAACGUGGCACUAUGUACUAUAUAGUGUUACAGUGUAAUGUAUAUGGCACCAUGUACUGUACAGUGCUACAGUGUAAUACAGUAGGUGUGUGAAGAGUCAUCUACAUCAUGGUAGGCUGUUUAAUGUUCGCCACAAUGGUAACCUUCAUAAAAUCAAAUGUAUUCUAAUGGAUGAUUUAAGACAUAGUAAUAAUGCCAUUUACAGGGUAUCAAAUGCCACUUCCAGUUACGAGUGAAUGUUAAGAUUAUCAUCACAGACAUAUACAUUUUUAUAUUCUUUACAGUGUGUGCACAUGUUUUGGAAACACCAGGAAUUGCUUUAUUAUUUAGCACAUAUUUUUUUUUUACUACAGAGCCAUUUAGAGAGUGACAUAGAUGUUUAGGUUAAUAUGUGAUGUGUGAGGAUCACGCCAAUUGCUCUACCGUCUCAGAUCAAAUCUGUUGUCCCGUUGUUGCUGUUUAAGUACAGUGAUAUUCAUGUUACUAUGCUGAGCCGUUUAUCUUGCCCCUUUAUCUGAACGUGUUUUCCACGACAGUGCCAUAUAUAUAGCAGCCACGGUGACCACCCUGUCAUCGUCAACGACACGAAUUACGAGUACUCAGUGGAUUCCGUCCCAGGACUCAAAAACCGCAAACUUUGUUGUCGGGAGAAUCUGAAAUGGUUUAGGUCCCGUGUGUGAAUAUGUGUGUGUGUGUGUUUGUGUGUGUGUGUUUGUUUAUGUGUGUGUGUGUGUGUGUGUGUGUGUGUGUGUGUGUGAAAGAGCUUGUGUGUGCAUGCAUGUCUGUUAAGAGAAUCCUCCACCAUAACCGCACCGCCACAUCUCCCUAAGAAGCCAAAUUCUCUCUCUGAAUUAUAUCCCGUGCCUUAUAAUCUUAAUCGUGUUUUGUUGAUGUUGUUAUUUAAUCAACGCAGAGAAGUCAAAGAAUCACUCUCAAAAAUCAAGGGCUUGCUGUCAAGACGCUCAUAUACUAAUAAUGGGAUUCUUGCAUAAUGGAAUUUAUAGGGUCCAUAAGUAUUCAAAGACGGAUUCGCUUUAAUACAGUUGAUGAUUCUUUCUCAUCUAUACAAGAGUUACUUCAUAAGUCACCUCCGAGGAAUGUACUUAUUGUCUCCGUCAGCAAACCCCAGCCUUAUCCUGUGCCUUCCAAAUAUCUUUUGUAAACUAUUGUCUUUCUCAAUUCAGAUGUUUUGUUAGGUAUAUGCAGAUGUUAUCAUGUGUUUUCAAAUAUGCCUGUAAGAAAAAUUAUGCAAAGCUAAAAGCUAAUUUAUAUACUAUAUCUUUUAAAACUUUGUGUGUUUACAUAAUAAAAGACUGUAGUUUUAGUACAUAAAGCUAGGUUUAGCUGAAUAUAUGCUUCGUCUUAUUCCGGCAUUCCACUUUACUAAUUCUAUAGACUAGAGUAUUGAGUUAGGAUUCAUUACUGAUGACACGAUCACUCAGAGGUCUGUGUCACCUGCCAUUGUACAAGAGUCCGCCCAUGAAAUCAAUGCUGCAAGUUUCAUUUUAAUUAAUAUUAAUGGCUGAUUGAACUGUAUGAUAUACAAAAUAGGCUUAAUAAUGUGUAAAUAUGAAUAUUGCUUUAAUUAUUUGUGGUUUUAGCAUAAUAUAUAUCAUUAGCUUUUAAGUCUGUGUGAAAGUGAGAGGCGGUGAUAUACUUGUUAAAGAUCUUUGUUACUAUAGUUUUGUAAGAAGAAAUGACUAUAUUAGUGUAUAUACUUAGCUGUGUGGGUGGCAGAACCCGCCUUGCGGAUCCCUGCUUCAAGCUUCCCGGUAUACUUAAGAAAAUUAAGACUGUUUCUUGGGCUCAACCAAAACAACGGAUUCCUUGCAAGAUGUUCUUCACGGAUCACUUGUCUUUCUUGCUAAAAUGUUGGAAAAGUCAUCCUAUUGAACCCGAAUUCCCAAAAAUUCGUAUGGUAAUUUCUCUCCCUUAUGUGAGGUAAAUGAGAAUGUGACUGGAUUACGUAAACUUAGACAUAAACCAAAUGGAUAAUAAUAAAUACGAAGGUAUUGUAACUGUACGUGAAGCUGUUCUCUCUAUAUAUCAACCCUGGGAAAGAAAUUUAAUGCCUAUUGUUGGGAAUUUUGUGUUUAACACUGGAUGCAAUCCUAUUUGGAAUGAUAUCGCUGUUGUGGCAUUGUAGUUAAUAAAUGUGUUGGGUUCAAGCUUCUAGAAGAGAAUUGGAUUCCAUUAUAUCUUACAGAAAGAGAAGACAUACGUGAUGGUUGGCCUAAGUUUUGUCGUGUUUAUGUAAGUAAUCUUUUGAUCAGCUCUCUGUUCUAGUGCGCAGUGGUAACACCUUUUUCAAUGCUUUCUUUAUUUUUUUGUAUUGAGUAGUUAUUUUGAAAGUCGUGUUUAUAUAAUUAUAUUUAUAUGUAGAAUGGAAAAAAUAUGAUUUAGAAACCUCCCCGUAAGUAGUAAACUGAAAGACACUGCUGCAGGAGAGGUGCAGCAUACUUCACUCCCUCUGCUGCAGGAGAGGUGCAGCAUACUUCACCCCAUCUGCUGCAUGAGAGGUGCAGCAUACUUCACUCCCUCUGCUGCAGGAGAGGUGCAGCAUACUUCACUCCCUCUGCUGCAGGAGAGGUGCAGCAUACUUCACUCCCUCUGCUGCAGGAGAGGUGCAGCAAACUUCACUCCCUCUGCUGCAUGAGAGGUGCAACAUACUUCACCCCAUCUGCUGCAUGAGAGGUGCAGCAUACUUCACUCCCUCUGCUGCAGGAGAGGUGCAGCAUACUUCACCCCCUCUGCUGCAUGAGAGGUGCAGCACACUUCACUCCCUCUGCUGCAUGAGAGGUGCAACAUACUUCACUCCCUCUGCUGCAGGAGAGGUGCAGCAUACUUCACUCCCUCUUGCAACCUUCUGGAUAACUCCUGUUAGAGGUUCAUGCUGCAGUCUAUGUUCACCUGACUCCAAUUAACCAUACUGUGUGCACCUACCCAAACUGGUUUAUCAAAAACAAUGAUACAAUACAUCUUCCAAGACGUUGAUGAUGCGCUCUCUCUCUCUCUCUCUCUCUCUCUCUCUCUCUCUCUCUCUCUCUCUCUCUCUCUCUCUCUCUCUCUCUCUCUCUCUCUCUCUCUCUCUCUCUCUCUCUCUCUCUCUCUCUCUCUUCUCUCUCCUAUUUAAUUCAAACUUUAUAUAACUAAAAUGGCAACUAGAGUAAAAAUAAUUCACUGCCACGCUAUGUCAUCUGACACAAUUAUAAUAAUUAUUGUGUAUUAGAGAGUAUCACUUGUGCUCAACGUGUCCUCUGGUCUCUUGCUCAAACUGGACCACACACGAAAAUUUAGAUUAUGUUUAUUCACUUUUUCCAAACUAUUAUUGCUGCCAGACGUGAGAUUGUGACUUAUUUCUUAAUGUUUCGUUGUAUAAAGUGACAUUUAUUACUUCACUAUCCAAAUUAUUUAUUAUAUAAAGCCGAGUCUUUGCAUUACAUUCUGAGACACAUUCAAAGUUUUCGCAUUUUUCUCUGAGACUCGUUCAGAAUUUUCCUUUUUUUUUUACAACUCAUUCAAGUUUUUGUAAAUCUCGACCUUAGAAGCACAAGAUCUAAGUCUGAGGAGGACCUUCCUCAUCCCCCCCCACCACCCGAACUGUCAAUGACUGUAUCAUAACUGUCAAUAACUGUAUCAUAACUGUCAAUGACUGUAUCAUAACUGUCAAUGACUGUAUCGUAACUGUCAAUGAUGGUAUCAUAGCUGUCAAUGACUGUAUCAUAACUGUCAAUGACUAUAAUAACUGGCAAUGAGUGUAUCAUAACUAGCAAUAACCGUAUCAUAGCUUGCAAUGACCGUAUCAUAUUCAACAAUGACUGUAUCAUAGCUAUCAGUGACUAUCAUAACUGGCAAUUACUGUAUCAUAACUGUUAAUGACUAUCAUAACUGUCAAUGACUGUAUAAUAACUGUCAAUGACUGUAUCAUAACUAGCAAUGACUGUAUCAUAACUAGCAAUGACUGUAUCAUAACUAGCAAUGACCGUAUAACUAGAAAUGACUAUCAUAAUUAGCAAUGACUAUCAUAACUAGCAAUGACUGUAUCAUAACUAGCAAUGACUGUAUCAUAAAUAGCAAUGACUAUUAUAAACAGAAAUGACUGAAUCAUAACUAGCAAUGACUGUAUCAUAACUAGCAAUGACCGUAUAACUAGAAAUGACUAUCAUAACUAGCAAUGACUAUCAUAACUAGCAAUGACUAUAUCAUAACUAGCAAUAACUAUCAUAAAUAGCAAUGACUAUUAUAAACAGAAAUGACUGAAUCAUAACUAGCAAUAAUUGUAUCAUAACUAGCAUGACUAUCAUAACUAGCAAUGACUAUCGUAACUAGCAAUGACUAUCGUAACUAGCAAUGACUGUAUCAUAACUAGCAAUGACUGUAUCAUAACUAGAAAUGAACUGUAUCAUAAUUAGCAAUGACUGUAUCAUAACUGUCAAUGACUGUAUCGUAACUAACUAGUAAUGUCUGUAUCAUAACUAGGAAUGCCUGCACCGGAAAUAGAAAUGCAUACACCCAAGCUUGGAAUGUAUACACCCGAGCUGGAAUGUAUACACCCAAGCUGGGAAUGUAUACACCCGAGUUGGGAAUGUAUACACCCGAGCUGGGAAUGUAUACAGAAUAAUUCACAGUCUUAUGAAGAUGCAGUAUUGUCAGUAUAGUGUAAAGGAUCAUUCUCAGUUCCUUUAGAAAUAAUUGAUAAAUUGAACAGUAAACUAUUAUAUAUAUAAAAUUAGCGACCUAAAAAAAAUCCUUGGUCAUGGGAGUCCAAGAUAAAACCAGCAUUUAUUACUCUAAACAUAAUAUAUUCAAUAGUUUCGGAAUUUUCUCCAUCAUCAAAGAAAUUGAAAUAUAAAAGCCAGAUCUUAACAUAUGCCAGAAUAACAAAUACCAAAGUAAAAAAUAAAAAAAAAUAAAAAAAAAAUUGAAAGUAACGGUGCAGUAUUAGAGAGGUGAACUUGGUAUCUAAUAUAGGGACUCGCUGGUGUUACAUUGACUGGAUAACAUAGUAAACGAGUCCUACCUAUACAGAGGCUUCUCAGUGUUGAUAUGUGGUGUUUAAAUGUAGUUUACUAUAUGGCUUAUUUGUCCUAAUAGACUGCUCCAAAUUUUCAAAGAUGGAAACCCUCAGGUAAUGCUUUGUUUUACCAACAUACGUAUUAAAAAACAACUUUUUUUUUGCCUCCAGGUAAUUCUUAGGGUUAUAUUUAGACCUAAAUACACCAGACAACGUUAUUAUACCUGUUGAACUAGUCCUCUUUAGUCAACAAAUUUAAAUAUUAUAGCUGCAAUGUUAUGUAUAUGAUACUACUAAACUGCCGCUCCGCAUCUUUGAACACUUAGGAUCUCUUAGGACACAUAAACCAUUAGUUAAACCAAUAUUUAAUGUCAUACAUUAUGAAGUUACUACCCACACAAGAGACGUGAGCUAACCUGUCCAGGUGAUGCAGCCCCCCCCCCCCCC